AGGCACGGGUUCGACGAGUGGUUUGGAUCCCCCAACUGCCACUUCGGGCCUUACGACAACCGGGCCAGGCCCAACAUUCCCGUGUACAGGGACUGGGAGAUGGUCGGCAGAUAUUACGAAGAAUUUCCAAUUAACCUGAAGACGGGGGAAGCCAACCUCACCCAGAUCUACCUAGAGGAAGCCCUGGACUUCAUCAAGAGGCAGCACUCACGCCAGCGCCCCUUCUUUCUGUACUGGGCCAUCGACGCCACGCACGCACCUGUCUACGCCUCCCUACCGUUCCUGGGGAGCAGCCAGCGGGGGCGGUACGGGGAUGCCGUCCGGGAGAUUGAUGACAGCGUUGGGAAAAUCCUGAUGCUGCUCCAGGACCUGGGCCUUGGAGAGAACACAUUUGUUUUUUUCACCUCUGAUAACGGGGCUGCCCUCAUCUCCGCUCCCAAACAAGGCGGCAGCAAUGGCCCCUUUCUGUGCGGGAAGGAGACCACGUUUGAAGGCGGGAUGCGGGAGCCUGCCAUUGCCUGGUGGCCGGGACGUGUCCCCGCAGGCCAGGUGAGCCGCCAGCUGGGCAGCGUGAUGGAUCUCUUCACCACCAGCCUGGCCCUCGCAGGCCUGCAGCCGCCCGGUGACAGGGAGAUCGAUGGCCUGGACCUUCUGCCCGUCCUCCUGCAGGGCCAGCUGAUCGACAGGCCCAUAUUCUAUUACCGCGGCAACACGCUGAUGGCCGUCACUAUCGGGCAGUACAAGGCGCACUUCUGGACCUGGACCAACUCCUGGGAGGAGUUCAGACAGGGCGUCGACUUCUGCCCCGGGCAGAACGUCUCGGGAGUCACAACGCACACGCAGGAGGAGCACACAUUGCUGCCGCUGGUUUUCCACCUGGGACGGGACCCGGGGGAGAGGUUCCCCCUCAGCUUUGCCAGCGCCGAGUACCAGGAAGCCCUGCGCAGGCUCAGGCCCACCGUCCAGCAGCAUCGGGACACCCUGGUGCCCGGACAGCCCCAGCUCAACGUGUGCAACCCGGCGGCCAUGAACUGGGCGCCCCCAGGCUGCGAGAAGCUGGGGAAGUGCCUGCUGCCCCCACCCUCUGUCCCCGAGAAGUGCUCCUGGCCCCACUAGCACCUGCAGGGACCUGGCCAGGCCCGGACGAGGCCACCACGGCAGCAGCAGGACCCGCUUGGAACCGGAGGAUCCAGGCCCAGCCCUCGGAGCCCGCGCGCCCUCCCUCUCCCCACUCCACCCAGGCUGGCAGGACCCCAAAACCAGCCCAGGAGCCCCAGCGCCACACACGGACACUCCCCACCUGUGGCCGAUGGAGAGUUGUCACAGGAUGCUGGGAUUUUCCGGCCAAAGCUGAAUUGUUAGAAAAUCAGGAAAUUAUGAAAAAAACCAUUUUAGAAUAAAAUCACAUGAGGCACUUUA